AUGAAUGGCGCGGCGUUGGGAGGAAGGCAGGGGCAUCGAUCGUCGGCGACGGGGCCUCAUCUCCACCAGCAACGCCAGUAUGCGGACCACUUCGUCGGGGAGGGAGGGGGUGGUUCUAGUAGUGCCGGCGGCGGGACUUGGCUUCAGCAGGUGAGUCUGGAUUUAGGGACUGUUUGCUUCGAUCUCUAAGCUUGUUGGGAUGAACUGGGAGUGUCACUCCUUUCUCCGUCGGUGUCCCUCUAACCUUUCUCUCGCGGUCGGUUUCACAUGACGUGUAGGUGGAUAGCUCGAGAGUGUCAAGGUCUAUGCAUGGGGCUUUGAGCGGGGAUUUCUUCUCCGCGGAACCGUCUACGCCGCCCAACUGGUCUCGCGCGUCCAGCAGGAGGAGGAACUGCGAGCGUGCAUCGCCUAACGAUCUCAGCCCUGGAUUAUUGGAUAUCCAUUCCCUUGAUACGGAGCUCCUUCCGGAGGUAUCUUCCUGAGAGACUCUUUGGUUUAGAAAGACGCUUACGUUCAAAUGGUUUUGGGACUGGAAUGAGUUAGCCAUGUGGUGAGGUUAUCUCUAAUUUCCAUUCACAGUCGACUAUGCUUUAGAUACUAAUUUUCAAAUGGACAUGAAAAAUAAGGCCACCCACUUCCUACGUUUUUUUUUUUUGCCUUCUCUUGAUUCGGACAGGUUUAUUCCCUAAACUUUAUUUUCUGCGGAGGAACUCUGUCCUCUGGCAUUAAUUAAUUUAACGAUGCCUCAUGCAGAAACCAGUUCCAUUGUCAUACGAUAGUGCAGCUACAUUUGGUUACGCCCGAGGGGGAAGCUUUGAUGAUUCUGAUCCGAGCAUUUAUACCAACAAAAUGUCAAGCAAAGUUCGUUUGGUGCCAGAAAAUAAUCUCUCAAAGUGUUUAUCUGUAGAUAAAGAGAAGGGUUCUGUUGCCAAGAUUAAAGUCGUGGUAUGCUUUCAUUCCUUAUUUCAAUGGUCUAUCGUUUCGUUGCCACAUUUUGAAGAAUAGCUGGAGAGAACCAAACCAAGGGACACGACUCUUUCAGGAAUCAGAAAAUGCAAUGCCUUUCUUUCUGCUGUGCCCUUACACCAGUUGGGUCUUCUGUUAUUUCGCAGAGUUCUUCCUGGAAGUAGAAAACUUAGCGUGUCUGUGUCCUGUACUCGUUCACUAACGAUAGAUAUUCUCUCCAAUGCUCGUAGAUAUAACUGUAGUUAUUCACAUUAUUCCCACAUUUUUUUUAUGACAGUAGCGAUUUGUGGAUUCAGGUCCGCAAGAGACCACUGAAUAAAAAGGAAGUAUCCAGGAAAGAAGAGGACAUCAUAUCAAUAGAAUCAAAUUCGAAUUCUCUUGUUGUUCAUGAGACCAAACUCAAGGUAAGUAUCUGGGAUAAUCCUGAAGAACAUAUUUUACCUUUUAAAUUAUUCUGCAUUCCCAAAUUUUCUGAUGCAAAUUUUGAUUCUGUUGGCCGGUCGGGUUUCUGGGUACUAGAGAGUGGGACCUUGUUCACGCUUGUAAAGAAGUGCAUUUAAGAGGCUGAACUGACUGUUUGCGUAUUUUGCUUUUUUUUAUUUUUUUAUUUUUUUAUUGUUGAGAGAUGUUUAGAGGGAGUUCCUUAUUAGCCCAGAUCUUUUGUAUGCUCAUUUCUACCUUUUGAGCUGCCAUAUAUGCUUCCAACUGUUCUGGUGAGUAUUGGAGAUGGCUGUUGGGUGAAAAUUAAAACUCAACCCUAACUAAGGAUCCACUUCAGGAAAAAGGGUUAUAUGAGCUCACUAGGCUGUUUCUAUGAAAUACCGAAAAUUCAAAUGGCAGACUAAGUACCCUACUUUUAUCAUAUUUUCGACAUCCCAUUCUCCUUUCUGGGUUCCAUAAGUAGAAAGUCAUACUUGUAUAUUUAAGGUUAAUGGUAUUGUCUACAGAAUAUGAUGAGAUUGCCUCCUUUAGGGAUAUGAAGCUGGAUACAUAAUUUUUUCUACAAUUUAAUCGUAUUUGACUUGGUGAUUACGAUUUUUUAUUUUUUUAUUUAUUUGAUUCAUUCGCUUCAUUCGCUUCCUGCACCACUGUGAUAUAUGUCUUUUGCUUAUUUGACGAUUGGAAUAUGUUAUUACGUAAUUUUCACAAAUGUAGCCGUGCCCAUAGUCUAUUUAUUCAAGCUAUCCUUGGUUACUUGGUCAGGGUUACCCUAACAUCAAAAAAAGUGGCAGGAUUAAUUUUAUGACCCUGAAAAUUUAACAUAUGAUGUUGUGGCUGUACUAGAGUUAGUCGAACAGAUAUCUUCAAUUUUCAUGCAUUGUACCUAUUGUGUUGGAUUCCAAUGUCUACAUUUUAUAAGGAAAAACCACAGACUAGUACAUGGUAGUUAAAAAAAAAAAUUAUAUAAUUUUUGCUGCAGGUUACAUCUUAGUGGUACCUAGAGAUCUGAUUUGCAGUCAAUUAAAAACCUCAGCCUGAAAAGUUGAAUGGCUUGUCUUCUUCACUAUGUUUUGAUGAUUGUACAUGGCAGGUUGACUUAACAGAGUAUCUGGAGAAACAUGAGUUUGUUUUCGAUGCUGUACUAGAUGAGGAUGUUUCAAAUGAUGAAGUGAGUAUUGGAAGAAAAACAUCAUAGGAUUGUUUCUCUUGUAUUGCUAUAGGUUUGUUAAUGUUGCUGUACUUUUCAUUCUAUAGGUAUAUCGGGAGACAGUAGAGCCCAUUGUUCCAAUAAUAUUUCAUCGCACAAAAGCAACUUGUUUUGCUUAUGGCCAGACGGGUAAGUGGUAUUAUUUGGAAACCGAUAUAAGACCACUGCAUUUUAUCUUUAUUGAUCAGCUUUCGGAGAGUGCUUUUUCUUGCAUCUUGAUGAAACAUCGCCGGAAGCAGUAUUUUGGCCUCUUUUUUAUUUCAAGUUUUUUUUUUCUUACAUGUUGAUGUAGCAUUGCCUAAAAUAAUAUUAAAGAGACAGGUGGAGCCGCAGACUGCCAAAAUUUCAUGAUUAAUCAUACUUUCUUUUUUCUAUCACUCAUAUGAGAAUGACUUUGUUUAUAUGCCAGUGUUCAAUGAAGCAAAAAUUCAGAUAUCAACCAGAAACAAUCUUUGGUUAGUGUUUGCAUUUUCCAAUUUUCUCAUGAAAUGUGCGUUUCGUGCAACUAAGAACAAGGUCUCUGCGAACUUAUUCAGUGCGGAGAUGUCUAUCGGCAAUUCUUGGUUUUACUUGUCUACCAUUGAAUUAUUCUUAAGAUAGUAUCUCCUUUGUGAUGUCUUCUAUACUUUUUAUUUCAUUUCAUCUUCCCCUACACGGCGGCAAAAGAGAAAGCAGUAAACCCCUCCCCCCUUCUUCUGGUCGAAUGUAGUUUAUAGCGGUGAUGUCAUUACACUGCAGAGGGUAGCAAAUGAAGUACACGCAGUAUUCUUAGAAAAUUUGUGAAAAUGUAUAUGAGAGAGUAUAGAAAGCUGAUGCUACCGUUUUCCCAAUCCAAUUUGUUACAAUGGAGGAGAGAAAUCUUCAACACUUUUAAAUUCUACUGUCUACUGCUGGCAUUGUUCGACUUCCCGGAAAAUAAUGUUUCUCUUCGUGAUUGUUUUAGUAUUUAAAGUUUCCUUUUAUAUCUAGUCGUUGGCUUGUUUCCUUGACGUCUUCUCUCUAUAUAAAUGCUUCUUCCAUCCUGGUUGCUUUUAAAUUCCUGUUUACACAUUUCUAAAUACGUUUUCUUUAGCCAGAAUAGCAAUCUCCCAAGUCUCUUGAAUUUGUGAUUCUUGGUAUUUUAACAAAUGUGGCUAUUUACAGGCAGUGGAAAGACUUACACCAUGCAACCUCUACCUCUUAGAGCAUCAUAUGAUAUUCUCAAAUUGAUGCAUCACACAUACCGAAACCAAGGCUUUCAGCUGUUCGUCAGUUUCUUCGAGAUCUACGGUGGCAAACUUUUUGAUUUACUGAACGACAGAAGGUCCAACAAUACUUGUUAUUGCCUUUCACCUUUAUCUAGCUUUGCUGGUGCAUAAGUCUAGUCUUUGAAUUAUCAGGCAUUUUUCUUCUGCAGAAAGCUAUGCAUGAGGGAGGACGGCAAGCAGCAAGUAUGCAUUGUGGGCUUGCAGGAGUACAGAGUAUCUAAUGUAGAAAGCAUCAAAGAGUUGAUAGAAAAGGGCAAUGCAACGAGGAGCACGGGCACAACUGGCGCAAAUGAGGAAUCCUCUCGUUCUCAUGCCAUUCUUCAGCUCGCCAUUAAGAGAUCAGUUGACGGCAACGAAUCGAAGCCUGCCCGAGUCGUCGGUAAGCUCUCAUUCAUUGAUCUUGCUGGCAGCGAGCGUGGGGCAGACACCACUGAUAAUGAUAAGCAAACAAGGUUCGAACUCACUUUCUUUAGCAUAUGAAUCUAAGUUUGGAGAUUCAUACGAACUGUUUUUGACUUGAGUUAUAUCUGGCUUGACUACAGAAUUGAAGGUGCUGAGAUAAACAAAAGCCUGCUCGCCCUGAAGGAAUGCAUCAGAGCUCUUGACAAUGACCAAGUCCACAUUCCUUUCCGAGGUAGCAAACUGACCGAAGUCCUCAGAGAUUCAUUCAUCGGAGACUCGCGGACCGUCAUGAUCUCAUGCGUUUCUCCAAAUGCCGGUUCUUGUGAGCACACCCUGAACACACUGAGAUACGCCGACAGGUGCCAUGAUCCGAUCUAUGUUCCAUCUUUGUUCAUGUAGAGAUGAUAAUGUGUAACCUUCUGUUUUUGCCGUCCACAGGGUCAAAAGUCUUUCAAAAGGGAACAACCCAAAGAAGGAAACCGCUUCCAGCUUAAGAGAGUCGACUGUGGUUCCCUUGUCAUCGGUUGUGUCUUCUAUUUCCGCUGCAGAGGGCGGCGUUGACUUUGGGAACGGAACCCCCAGCGUCGUCUGGCCCAAGCAGACCCAGAGAGAACAGACUCAGAGGGAGAUGUUCUUUUCCUCUUUAGAUCAAGGACCCGCCGCAAGAGAGGACCCUCCCGCGUAUGGGAACUCCAGAGAAAAUGAUGACCAUGAGUAUCCUGAGUUAUACGACAGAGGGAGGGCAGCAUACCGAAGGGGGAAGCCAGACAACGGUCACCCAGUUUCCCAUUCAGAGGACAGAGCGCAGAGGAACGAGAUCCGGACGAGACAGAAGGACAUGGCGGCGGCGGUGGAUCGUAGUGGAUUGAGCUCAGACGACGACCUCAAUGCCCUGCUGAAGGCAAGCUUUCGAUGAAACAUCUGAGAGAUCUUUGUUUCUUGUUCGUUAUGCCUUUUUUAGUAUGAUCUCUGGCCCAUUACAGGAAGAGGAAGAUCUCGUGACUGCCCACCGGCGGCAAGUAGAGGAGACCAUCGACAUGGUCCGAGAGGUUGGUGAGACACAGAGUCCGUUCCAAACCAGUUUCAGUCGGCCGCAGUGUGGGUCAUGCCAUUUCCUCUUCCCUUUCUUUGCCCUCUUCAGGAGAUGAAGCUGCUGGUCGAAGCCGAUCAGCCCGGAAACCAGCUCGACGACUACAUCUCCCGACUGAGCACCAUUCUGUCCCAGAAGGCCGCCGGCAUCCUGAACCUACAGACCCGGCUGGCGAAUUUCCAGAGGCGGCUCACAGAGCACAACGUCCUGGUCUCCUCCCUGGCCCCCUGA